ACUGCUGAAAGUGCUGGUAGCCACUUGCAGUUUUACUACCAGCAUAACAAUGAAAUGGCGGUUGAAAGUAAAGGGAAAUGGGCAUGUCAUUUCUUACUUUCUAUUUGCAGGCACACUUGGAAACAGUUUAUUUAGAGAUCCCCAACCGAUUAGUUGACGUGUACACGUGUACGACGACAAAUACAACCAUAAUAAUUUUUUUUUAUUAGCGAUAUGCAUUAAAGAAUUUGGCUAGAUCUAUCUGGUAAGUUGAAACUUGUUUCUGAGCUACAUUUGCAUGCCAGUAUCUGUACUCGUUUGAAUAUACAUAUGUAAGUGCAGAAAAAACGUACAGUCGAUCUUCAUUAACAUGGAAAAUGAUUAGAUCAUAUAACCAUGACUUCGAAUGAGAAGUUAUAUAAGUUUAACAUAGCGAGGUUUGACCGUAUGUAUUUAAAUAUACACUAAAAAAAAUAUACAGCACUAAAAACGAUUUUAGAUUAGUGAAAUAAAUAUAUUUGCUUUCUUUUUUAGUUUUUCUUCAAUACAGGAUAUUAAAAAAAAAAGUAAUGAAUGUUUGUAUUUAUUUGUUAUUUAAUUUAAAUUUAACUAUUAGUUAAUUAUUUAAAAUAAAACCAGGUCCACUCUAAAGCGCACAAGUGCGAAGAAGUAUGUUUGUAUUUACAGCGCCGAUCGUAAUUUCAAUUAUUUGAUUGUGAGCAGGCCCAGACGAGGGUAUACAACUUAAUGAGAAUUUGAUCAAGAGAACGUUAAAACACAAUCAGCUGCAGUCGGUCGGGGCACUUACAAUUGAAACGUCGACAACGGAGGUUCGGUUCUGGAAACCUUAACACAAUCGGUUUUAUAGUGGUCAACUCGACAUUUUGAGCAAAAGAUAUGACUUCCCCGGUGGAUCAGAUUCGCGAUGGUCUGAUGGACGACUGGAAAAUCCUGGAGAACGUCUUCAGUCUGCUCCAGAAGGAGGAUACCUUCUGCGUGGAUCCCCAGAAAUGGGACAAACAGAAGAUAGUUCCGUUUUUGCAGCCAGACAAACUAAAGGAAUUGAUUAAUCUGAAAAUCCGCGAGUCGGAGAAAUGCACCCUCGCUGAAAUCGAGGAGCUGUGUCAGCAGGUCAUCCAUUACUCCGUGAAAACAUCGCACGGGCGCUUCCACAAUCAGCUCUUCGGGCAGCUUGACCCAUUCGGAUUGGCAGGAGCUCUGAUCACCGAGGCCAUGAACGGCAGCACAUAUACCUAUGAAGUUGCUCCUGUGUUCAGCCUGAUUGAAACUGAGAUUAUUUCGACCAUGUGCCUGCUGGCGGGAUACAAGGAAGGCGAUGGCAUCUUUGCGCCCGGAGGCUCCACCUCCAACAUGUACGGAAUGGUUUUGGCCCGCUAUAAGAUCGCUCCCGAGGUGAAGACGUCGGGAAUGUUUGGUAUGCGACCCCUGGUGCUGUUCACCUCCGACGAAUCGCACUAUAGCUUCGUGAAGGCGGCCAACUGGCUGGGAUUGGGCAGCGAUAACUGUGUGUCGGUGAGGACCAAUGAUCGGGGUCAGAUGUUACUGGAUGACUUGGAGGCGAAGAUCACGGAGGCAAAGGCGCGUGGGGGACAGCCGUUCUUUGUGAAUUGUACGGCAGGUACCACAGUACUGGGUGCCUUUGAUGACAUAAAUGGAGCAGCGGAUGUGGCGGAGCGCCAUGGUCUGUGGCUCCAUGUGGACGCCUGUUUGGGAGGGGCUUCACUGCUCUCCACGAAGAACAGGCAUUUAAUCGCCGGUCUAGAGCGGGCCAACUCCUUUGCCUGGAAUCCACAUAAAACCGUCGGUGCUCCCUUGCAGUGCUCACUGUUUUUGACCCGGGAAUCGGGUCGCCUCCUGGACAGAUGCAACAGCACCGAGGCGCACUACCUGUUCCAACAGGACAAGUUCUACGAUGUGUCCUAUGAUACGGGCAACAAGAGUGUCCAGUGCGGUCGUAAAAUAGACGCCUUCAAAUUCUGGCUGAUGCUGAAGGCCCGGGGAUAUGGAAAGUACGGACUGCUGGUGGACCAUGCCAUCGAAAUGGCCAGAUUACUGGAGGAUAAGCUGAGGCAGCGCGGAGAUCGCUUUAGGUUGGUACUGCAAAAGCAUGAAUACUCCAAUGUCUGCUUUUGGUUUAUACCGAAAUCUAUGAGGGUGUCUAGAGAAGAGGAAACGCCCGAGUGGUGGAAUCGUCUUUAUACCGUGGCUCCCAAGAUUAAGGAGCAGAUGGCCCACAGUGGCACUCUGAUGGUUGGUUACUCCCCUUUGAAGGCCCUCAAUCUGGGCAACUUCUUCCGCAUGGUCUUCACUUGCUUUCCCAUCCUGAAGAGCGAAGAAUUGGAUUUCAUCUUGGAUGAAAUUGAGAGACUCGGGGAGAAAAUUGUUGUUUAAUGUAAAGUUUAAGUUUUAAAAUAAAUAUAAAAUAUAAUAGAGUACUAUGUGAAUUUUAAA